AAAAAGAAGCUAUUAUAUUUUAUGAUGCAAUUGAACUUGCCUUGCAAGAUAAAUCACUAAGAAAACAAAGAAAAGAAAAACUAUUGCUUCUUAAAGAAACUUCCUCCGUUAUCACUCAAAUUCUUCGGGGAAGAUACUCUAAUGAAGAACGUAAUGCUUAUCAAGAUAUCUAUAAUACUUUGGACAAAUUAGUUCUAAAGUCUGAUGAUAAUGAUUAUGAAUCAUUAAGCAUGGAAGUCAUUGACAUCACCUCUGAGUGGGCAAGUAAACUCAAAGAUACUAUAGUUAAUUUUGCCAAAGGAGAAUUUUCAAAGAAAUUGGAAUUAGAAGAAGAUGUAUCAAUGGGUAGAAAAUUUAGAGCAAUGAAAGAAAUAUUCUCGAAACAUUACAAAGUGUUUGAUUGGAAUAAGAAUCAAUCUGAGAGAGACUUUCUAACACAAGUUAUAGAACCGCUUCUUUCUGUAGCAUUAGAUGAUCUUCCAGUAGAUGUCAUAUGCAUAUUAAAAGGAGAACUACAAAAUCGAGCAAAUCAAGAAUAUAAAUCUGCAAAUACAAAGGCUUCAGCAAUUGGAGAUCAACCUGAUAUAAUAUAUAUAGUUAAAAUUAGUGAAAAGGCCCUAGAGUUAUUCUACAUUAAAAGUGAACGAUGCAUAACUACAGAAAAAAAAGUUUCAUCUGAUCCUGCUAAAUUAAUUUGUUUAUGUAAGGGUGGAUACAAUUUUGUAACAACCCAAAAAUGA